AUGAACCAGGUGUCUAAUUCAACGGUUGUGGCAGAGACGGUCGCCAUCAGCAACACAGUCGAGAAUGACUCUAUGCAGUUGGCAACUGACGAAGCAGCGGCAGCAGUAAAUGGCUACACUGUCUUUAUCCCUAAUUUUACAGAACCGUGCACCCUGAUCAGUUCCACUGGCGACAGAUACAACGAUACCAUACAGCAUAGCCUGAUGAAGGACGCAGCCAUCAUUCAACAAAAGGUCGAUACAGAACAGCAAUCCGCCAACAACAGCUUUUUCCGUAAUGUUAAAUGGUCUCCAGAUGGAUCGUGCCUAUUAACAAACAGUGCAGAUGAUGUAUUGCGCCUAUUUCAACUGCCGGAAAAUGUGUAUCAAGACAGUGAGCAUGGCAACUCUGUCUUGCCAAUGUCGCCUACUUUGGGGAUACGUGAGGGAGAAUCGGUAUAUGACUUUGCUUGGUUUCCAUUGAUGAAUGCUCAAGACCCAUCCACAUGCUGCUUCAUCACAUCUGUGCGAGAUCAUCCCAUCCAAUUGUGGGAUUACACUGGAUCCGUACGAGCAUCCUAUCGAGCCAUUGAUCACUGCGAGCGAUUCAUAGGCCCUAAUGCGCUUGCAUUCAAUUUAGAUGGAUCCAAGAUUUACGGUGGCUAUGAAAACAUGGUCGAGAUAUUUGAUGUGCAAACAGGCGAGAGCACCAAACACCCUACUAUUCCAAAACGAAAAUCGAGAAAGGGACAAAAGGGCAUCAUUUCAUGCCUCGAUUUCAGCACUGAUGGACUUUACGCCGCGGGAUCUUACAGUCAGUCUAUUGGCAUCUACGACCAACUCAACAAUGAACUUUGCUUGAAGCUGACAGGAUUUGAAGGAGGAGCCACGCAAGUACAGUUUUCAAAAGAUGGGCUGUACCUGUAUUCAGCAUCCAGACACAGCAACAGCAUCCUAUGUUGGGAUAUCCGAGAUUCAGCCAAUAUAUUGUUUGAACUGCCUCGUCCCGGCAAGACAAAUCAGCGUAUGCAGUUUGAUGUGGAUGCUACGGGGAAAUACCUCAUGACAGGCGAUACAGAGGGCAAUACACUGAUAUACGAUCUAUCUACAACAGCUACGGAGGACACCGAGACCAAACAACGUCUUGUUACAUCAUUCAAAGCGCAUGACGACAUCACUUCAUGCGCAACAUUUAACCCCGUGUAUCCUGUGAUGGCUACAUGUUCUGGUCAGCGCAAAUUCAGAUUACCCUGUCAAGAAAGCGAUAGUGAAGAGGAAGACGAUCAAGACACCAUCAUAGACAACACGCUUAAAACAUGGAGAGUGCAUGGCCAAUACGAAUGGUUUCCAUACGACACUACGCCCUUGGCUGUUGAGGAACCACAGCAAAUUGUUUAA